GCAUGUCAGAUGGUGACUGCAGUGGUGGUAUAAGAAGUCGAUGGUGGCUAUCUUGAGUGGGUUUUUUUGUGGAGGAAAUGUGCUGAUGGCCUCACAACUGUUUCCAGAGGUGAUGGGAGGUAACCAUCCACUGGGGCAUGUUUUAACGAGGAGGUGAUGGUUAGCUCUCAUCGGUUGUCUGCAGCUGGAUGCUAGCUCUCGGAAAACCGGAGGUCUCAACGAGCGUUUGCAAGAGGAGACCCAUGGUAGGUAGGUAAUUAAGGUAUAAGUCACUUGGGAGCUAAAAAAUGGUAAGGCGGAAGUUUGGCUUGGCUUUUUGAGUGUAGAGAAUAGACACUGCUCAAGUGUUGCCUCACUUGUAGUCUCUGAGGAUCCUUGCGCUCUCUCAGGAUCCUUUCAUCUCGAGCGAGUCAUCAAUGUAAAUUAUGGUGAGCCUGCUGAUUGACCAACAAAUUUGGAAGAUUGUUUCGUUGAAGGAACGUACUGCUGAAGGUAUUCCUCUUCAUUGCGCGAGUGUACUCGUUUCGAGGUGUGUUUGUCUGCACCAUGCGAUUGAUCAGUCAGGACGGCAAGAGAAACGUAGUAGGGAAAGGUCCUGUCCGCUUUGUGAGGAGAGUGGUCGAGGAGUGGAGAGAUACUUUGUCGCCUCCUACCAGGCAAUCAGGCACUUAUUGCCGAAAAGGGGGCUUCUUUCGCUCAUCAGAGGGUCGAAAGCUUGCGUGCGUUGACAAUGGAGUGUGUGCAUCGAGAUGGCGUGGAGGUGAAAGCCAAGGGAGCCAGUUCACAGCUGUGCCAUCCUUCAUCGAGCGAUAGUGGCAUUUAUAUGAAAAGAUUCCUGUGAAAGAUGGCUAAGAAAUCAUUGUCGAACAUGACGAUAUUCCCUUGUUGGGCGCCUGGGCAGCUAGAAGCGUAACAUAAGCCCGGAUGCUCGGGACCGGGGAGAAGGGAGGGAUAAGGGCUUUCGAGUGGGCAAUGGCUCCAAUGACCGACCACCCAUAGCUUUCCAAGGGGGGUCAAAGUAAAGUAUCAUGCAGAAGAUGGCAGGAAGGAACGGCACCGUUUUAUUUAUUUACCUGGAGAUAGCUUUGUGCUGCUGAGGACAUUUGCUUUUCUCUGCUUGACGAUAGCUUUGUUCCCACAGAGGAAAAAGGAGUUUUGUAACUUUGGCCCUAUCGAGUGAGGAUAGGUUUUUUUAAACCCCUUUUUUUGUUUUUAAAUCCUUUGAUUCCUUUUUUAUAAUGUAGUAGAUAUCUGAUCUUCUUGAACCGCCAGUACCUGCCCCCUAGGCAAACUUCCGAAUCGAAAAUGUGGCGACGACAUUCCAGGGUCUUUGGAGGAAGGGUCCUACAGGACCAAAAUGGCUGGCGGCACCGGUGAAAACGCUUCCGUGGUGGUUUGCAGCUUUUUGUCCCGGGGGAGGAAUCCAUCCAUCUCGGCGAAAAGACGCUUGGAGGUACGUGGUGUAAACCACUAGUACAGUACUGCUACUAUUUACGACAACCACCAGGGUUACCAGGAGGCUCGCUCUUUUUCAGUUGGCGCGUUGGAUUGACGAUCUGAGUAGUGCCACAGUUUUCUCUCCUGUCUGCAGGGGUAGGCACCUAUUUUUGGGGGGGAAGUAGUUGGUGGUGGUGGUGGUUUAAGAACAACAACGUCAUUGUUGUUCGGUCAGCAGCAUUUGUGGAGCAUUGUUGUUCGGUCAGCAGCAUUUAUGGAGCAGCUUUCAUCUGUAUUGCCCGGCCAUCCAAUAUCACAGCAAGGAAGGGCUUCCCCUCGUGCCCCCCCUGUGGACGUAAUGUCCCAAAAGUUGUUCCCCCAUUAUAUUAUGUCUGAGCGACUCUGUGGAAAUUUCAUAUUCCAGUUGGUGAGCGGUCAGAGCAGAUACACGAGACCUGGACAGGCAUUUGGCAGUCGCCACCUGAUCAUGAAAUUAUUCUCCUCCCCUGCGGAAGGGAUGCAGGCUGUGAAAGAAGCACUACAGCACAUGGAUAUGGACGCAAGGUCACCCGCGAGCAGAGUCGGUGCGUAGUGUGCAGACACAAUGUGGCAGCAAGCAAGAGAGAGAGAGAGAGAGAGAGAGAGAGAGAGAGGGGUGCUGAGGGCUUCUUAGAUGCGGUAUGGUGAUUGCUGACCUGGUACAUCUCAAUGUUGCUCUCAUCUUCCUUGAGCAGGGCGCUAACUUGGUAAACAAGGCGAAAGAGUUCCCAACUACCACACGAGACUGUGGGAAGCGGAUGGAGUAGUAGUGGAGCUUUUGUGCACUUGUUCAUGACCAUUUUUGAGUUCUCACCCUGAUGAACAUUUCUCACAGAAGAGUGUUGUAAAUGGGGAGCGCUUGUUACCGCAGGGUCUUAACAUAGAAGCAAGUUCGUGUUGGGAUUAGUACGGAGACUGCAGUGAUUUAGGAUUUGCGUUUUGACGGGAAAACUCAUGGAUGGUGCAGAGAACUGUCUCUGCAGGGUGUAUGUGCUGCAUACUAGAGGUCAGUUGUUGUGUGAGGGAUGGGGGGGGGGAUAGGGGGUGGGGGUUGGAGACCGAGGGGACGAGAGAGAGAGAGAGAGAGAGAGGGAGAGAGAGAGAGAGAGAGAGAGAGAGAGAGAGAGAGAGAGAGAGAGAGAGAGAGAGAGAGAGAGAGAGAGAGAGAGAGGCCCUUCGCUUGCAGCAAGCAACUCCUGUCCUUGAGGGUGGGUGGAGACCGGGAGGAAGAGAGAGAGAGAGAGAGAGAGAGAGAGAGAGAGAGAGAGAGAGAAGGCAGGCUGUUCACUUGCAGCAAGCAAAUCCUGUCCUGUUGCAAGAUGCCAGCCUCCACCUUUGUUCUCUGAGUCUCUCUGCUCGCAUUUGUUACCGAGAGGUUUUUUUUUUUUUUUUUUUUUUUUUAACUGAGAGUUUUUCAGGAGUCCGGUUGGUGGGAACCUGUGUGCUGUGAGGUGAUGAAGUGGAGGAAGCAGGUCACAUAUGCGUGGGACGUGUCUUGUUCACGAAGGAGAAAUUCAGGUGCAAGAGAGUGUGCAUGCUGCUGAGGAAUAGUCUUACACUUCCAACUCAGUAGAAAGCUGGUGCCUGGUAUCGGUGUAGAGAAAUCCUCGCAGUGUUUUCUGCUAGGUUGGUCACUCCUGGAGAGCGUGAACUGUUUUCGGGAUGGUGGGAGGAGAGAGAGGAGAGAGAGGGACUUCCUCUUUCGCUACUGUGUGUGGUUAUCCGCACAUGCAGGCAAGCUGAUGUGACUUGGUGCAAUGCUUCUGUAGCUCAACAACUCAACUCGGUAGGGUGAUAUCGACCAUCAAGCAACACGUUUCUUGAUGAGAAUGAGGGGUUGUAGUGUCAUUGUGUUGUGGGUAAAUCUGCAGUACUUUGUAGAGUGUAUGAGAUGGGGUCCGAUGAGAAAUGUGCAUGAAUAAGCAUCCAGCGC